AUGAUCACCGGUAAAGAAUUGAGAAUCAUUUCUCUUCUAACUUUAGACACAAUCUUCUUUUUAUUGGAAAUAACCAUAGGUUAUAUGUCACAUUCAUUGGCCUUGAUUGCUGAUUCGUUCCACAUGCUGAAUGAUAUCAUCUCUCUUUUAGUGGCGCUUUGGGCGGUGGAUGUGGCCAAAAACAGGGGUCCGGAUGCCAAAUACACUUACGGAUGGAAGAGAGCUGAAAUUUUGGGUGCCUUAAUUAAUGCUGUUUUCCUUAUUGCCUUGUGUUUUUCCAUUAUGAUUGAAGCUCUACAAAGGUUGAUCGAACCUCAAGAAAUUCAAAACCCGAGGUUGGUUUUGUAUGUUGGUAUAGCCGGUCUAAUUUCUAAUAUUCUGGGCCUAUUUUUGUUCCACGAUCACGGUAACGACAGUUUGCACUCUCACUCUCAUGGCUCCGUAGAAAGCGGACAUGCCGAUUUGGACAUAGAAUCUAAUGCAACUCAUUCCCAUUCCCAUGCAUCCCUUCCAAACGAUAAUCUAAUCAUCGAUGAGGAUGCUAUCUCAAGCCCUGGUCCUUCUGAACGGCUGGGAGAGGUCCUUCCACAAACGGUAGUAAACAGACUAUCCAACGAAAGCCAAUCCUUACUGGGCCACAAUGAUCAUGGACAUGACGAUGAAUCAAAGAAGGCCGGCCACCGUUCAUUGAACAUGCACGGUGUCUUCUUACAUGUAAUGGGCGAUGCUUUGGGUAAUAUCGGGGUCAUUGCAGCUGCUUUGUUUAUUUGGAAGACUGAGUACUCUUGGAGAUUUUACUCGGAUCCAAUUGUCUCUAUGAUAAUUACUAUUAUUAUUUUUUCUUCUGCUUUACCCUUAUCGCGUAGAGCUUCAAGGAUUUUACUACAAGCCACUCCAUCUACAAUUUCUGCUGACCAAAUUCAAAGAGAGAUUUUGGCGGUGCCUGGUGUGAUUGCAGUCCAUGACUUCCACGUCUGGAAUUUGACUGAGUCCAUAUACAUUGCAUCUAUCCAUGUUCAAAUAGACUGUGCACCUGACAAAUUCAUCAGUUCUGCCAAAUUGAUAAGAAAAAUCUUCCAUCUGCACGGUAUCCAUUCUGCUACUGUUCAGCCUGAAUUCGUUUCUGGAGAUGUCAAUGAGGAUAUUCGUAGAAGAUUCUCCAUCAUUGCUGGUGGUUCGCCAUCUUCAUCCCAGGAAGCCUUUGAGAACAGUGGAAAUUCUGAGCUCGAUAAAAAAAAGCGUUCACCUACCGCAUAUGGUGCUACUACAGCGUCAUCCAACUGUAUUGUAGACGAUGCUGUAAACUGUAAUACUUCCAACUGCCUAUAA